AUGAAAUUUAUCUACACCUUGUUGUUCAUCACCAUCACAUAUAUCACACAAACGAUCCAUGCACUAAGUGCCUCCGAGCUUUCGCAUUUGAAGUUAAAGAUCCGUAAUGUGUCCGCACCAACGACGUCAUCAUUAAUUGAAGAUCACAUCAAGGGUAUCACUAUUGGUGGUUGGUUAGUGACGGAACCAUACAUCACGCCGUCACUGUAUAACAAUGCCACGAGCAUGAACCGGGGGAACAUCUCCAUUGUGGAUGAAUACACGCUUUGUUUCGCGUUAGGGUAUAAUAAAUCACUUUCGAUACUAAGUGAGCAUUUCGAAACGUGGAUUACUGAAGAUGAUUUCCAAGAGAUUAGUGAAUCGGGGUUCAAUUUGGUUAGGUUACCCAUUGGGUAUUGGGCAUGGAAAGUGGAUCAUGCUAGUGGUUUGUAUGUGGAGAACAUUACGUACUCUGAUCCAUAUGUGAGUGAAGGUUUACAAUUAGGUUAUUUGAAGAAGGCGAUUGGAUGGGCUGAGAAGUAUGGAUUAAAAGUUUGGAUUGAUUUGCAUGGACUUCCUGGAUCUCAGAAUGGGUUUGAUAAUUCCGGUGAGAGAAUCCUGAGGAGUAAUCUUGGUUGGUUAAAUGAGGCGCAUACGAAAAAAUUGACAUUGGCCAUCUGGUCGAAGAUGUUCAAAGAGUUUAUUGGAUACAGUGAUUCUAUUGUUGGUAUGGAAAUUGUCAAUGAGCCGUUGAGUACUAAGAUCGGCAUUGAUGAUAUCACAGAGGCAUAUUAUGAAGCGUUUGAUUUGUUCAAGUUUCGUCAAAGGAAAUCCAAUGACAGUGUUGUGGCAGACAAUAUGACGUUUGUCAUUCACGAUGCGUUUGAACCGAUUGGAUAUUGGAAUUUACAAUUCAAUCCGCAAUAUGUGAAUGUGUCGAGUCAAUAUUACAAUCUGACGAACAUUACAUAUAAUUCGCAAGAUAUUUCAGUGGAUCAUCAUCAUUAUGAAGUGUUCACUGAAUCACAAUUACAAGAGAGUCAAUACCAACGAUUAAUCAAUAUUAUCAAUUAUGGAGAUUCCAUUUACGGAAGUGAGUUGUCCUCACAUGGUGCCGUUGUGGGUGAAUGGUCCGGUGCGCUUACCGAUUGUGCCACUUGGGUCAAUGGUAUAGGUAUUGGAUCUCGAUAUGACGGUACAUAUUACGAUAACAUGACUAUGUACAGUUCCAACGAUGAUUCGGUCAUUGGGGCGUGCACCUCGCAGGAUGAUAUCAGUUCGUGGAGUCAGGAGUACAAGGAACAUGUGAGACAAUUCAUUGAAGCGCAAUUAGCUACGUAUUCGUCGAGGACGAGUGGGUGGAUCUUUUGGAAUUGGAAGACGGAGAGUGCUGGGGAAUGGGAUUUCUUGAAAUUACGUGAUGCUGGGCUAUUCCCGACACCAUUUGAUAAUUACACAUAUUUCGGCAGUGAUGGGUCUAUGAAUUCGCAAGUUUCGCAGUCGUUAUCGUUGUUAGCGUACCCUACCUCCAGUGGUGUUUCCAGUGGUGACGAUAACCCGAAGACUAAGAAUGUGGGUGUGAGAAGAUCGACACCAGUGUUUGCGAUGGGGAACAAGAAGAGUGACGUUUCCAUUAGCAGGACACUGAGUCAUGGGAUGCUUAUAUUUCUGGGCACCCUGUUAGCGCUUUGUAUUUUCAUAUAG